AUGGCUGCACCGAAUGGAGGAUUCUUUAUCCAGGAUAAGCUGUACAAAACCGCUCCGCAUCAUGAGAGCUUCAAGCAGCUGUGGGAGACCAAGUGGAAGAAGCCUUGUGCUAUGGGUGUCUAUCCCUUCAUGUUCAGCGCCAUCCAGGAUUUCGAACCGAUAGUCGAGAAGCUUGUCGAGGGUGACUACAAAGAACCAUACAACUGGGACGACUAUGCUCAAGUCUACUUUCCCAAGGCCGAAGAGCUAGUCUCCAAGGCACGAGAGGCAGAACAGGAGGGAAACAAGGAGAAGGCUUCUGAAUUCUAUCUACGAGCUUCUGCUGUCUACCGGAUCUCCCGGUUCCCUGCACCUCGCUCAGAGAAGCAAAGAUAUGCCUGGCAAGAAGGCAAGAAAGCAUGUAUCAAAGGCCUAGGACUCCGCGAACACCCCGUCCACGAAAUCGAAGUCCCUCACACCCAUGCCAUCGAAGGAGAAGGCAAAACAAUCCCCAUAUACCACCUCCUACCCUCCUCCGCCAGCGAAGCAAACCCAGCACCCGUCGUCCUCAUCAUGACCGGUCUCGACGGCUACCGCACCGAACUAGCCGUCUGGAUGGAAGGCUGGCGUCAAAACGGCAUCGGCAGCAUCGUCGUCGAAAUCCCCGGUACUGGAGACUCUCCCGCCUUACCCUCCGAUCCCACAUCCCCAGACCGCCAAUGGAGUUCCCUACUCGAUUGGAUAGACACCCAACCCGCCAUUGCCAAAGAUAAAGUAUGCGUGUGGGCGUUCUCGACGGGUGGAUACUACGCCAUCCGUCUCGCCCACACCCAUCCUACUCGUCUUGCAGGUGUGGUGGCACUAGGCGGCGGCGUACACCACAUGUUCGAUGAAGAAUGGCUGGAUAACGUAAACAACCUCGAAUACCCUUUCGAUCUCGCCACGACCCUCGCCUACAAAUACGGCUACGGCUCCGACCUCUCCCUAUUCAAAAAAGAGGCCAAGAAAUUCUCCCUCCUCGAAGAUGGAACUUUGGAUAAACCAGAAUGUGCAAGAUUGCUACUCGUCAACGGCACGGAAGAUGAGAUCUUCCCAAUCGAUGAUUAUUGGUUGUGUUUGUUACAUGGAGCCCCCAAGGAAGCGAGAUUCAUAAAGGGAAUCAAACAUAUGGGUGAACCGGAGAGUUUUUUUGUUAUUCUAAAGUGGAUUUAUAAGUUGUUUGGAAUUCAAGCGAAUCCGGUGGAGCAGAUGAAGACGAUUCCGUUCAAGGCGAAGUAUUGA